UCAACUGAAGAAGAAAACGGAAGCGUUGUCUGUUUCCGGAUGUGAUGUAAAAUAUGGCGGACAACAUCAGAUUCCAGCGUUUUGUGGAUUAGCCGUUAUCACAAAAUCCUAGGAAAAGGGUAGAGACGCGUUAGAGAAGUAAGUUUCGCUAAAACAAAAUCAAAAGGGAAGGUUCAAUGAAAAGGAAAGAGAUAGGUGGCUAACAACAUUGCUUACGACUUUCAUCAGGAGAAAGGGUGACGCAAACUCGGCGUAACCAUGGGGAGGCGCUCCACCUCUUCCACCAAGAGUGGGAAGUUCAUGAACCCCACAGACCAGGCCAGGAAAGAGGCUCGUAAGAGGGAGCUUAAGAAGAAUAAGAAGCAGCGCAUGAUGGUGCGCACGGCGGUGCUGAAGAUGAAGGACCCGCGGCAGAUCAUCCGCGACAUGGAGAAGCUGGACGAGAUGGAGUUCAACCCGGUGCAGGUGCCACUGCUGAACGAGAAGGUUCUGCGCGACAAGAGGAAGAAGCUGCGGGAGACCUUUGAGCGAAUCGUGCGGCUCUACGAGCGAGAGAACCCGGAGAUGUACAAGGAGCUGCGCAAAAUAGAGCUGGACUAUGAGAGCAAGCGCGGGCAGCUGGCCCUCUACUUCAACUCCGUCAAGAAUGCUGAGCUGGUGGAAGUGGACAGUAUCCCACUCCCCGAAAUGCCUCACGCCCCCUCCAGCAUCCUCAUCCAGGACAUCCCCCUGCCCGGAGCCCAGCCCCCGUCCAUUCUGAAGAAGACCAGUGCAUUUGGGAAAGGUUCCUUUGUUCCACCCGCUGUGCCCACAGCAGCCGAUGUAGCGGGGGUUCCCCGGUUACCCCCAGGCAAAAAGCCCCCUGGCCCCCCCCCAGGGCCCCCGCCCCCCCAGGUCCUGCAGCUGUACGGCUCCCGCAGGGUCCAGCACUACAGCCCCGACACGGGCCUGGCGGACACCGCUGACCCCGCUGACACCGACGCCCCCAUGGAGACGCGAGAGAGCGGGAGCGAGAGCGAGGGAGAGGGGGAAGACGGAGAGGAGGACGAGAGCGACUCCGAGGAUGACAGCGAGGGAGAGAGGGAGGAGGGAGGAGAGGAAGAGAGGAGGAGGGACCGAGCAGAGGACAGAGGGAGAGAAAGAGAUGAAGAGAGGGAUAUGGCAGUGGACAAACCCACCGGUGUGGGGCGCAGUGUGCGGUUUGCCGACAUGGGGCCCCCUCCUGCCAGAGAGAGGAGGAAGAAGAGGGUGGUGAAGAAGACCAAAGCCAUCACUCCCCUGCAGGCCAUGAUGCUCAGGAUGGCAGGCCAGUCUGUGCCUGAUGACGAAGAGGAAGAUGAAGAAGAGGAAGAGGAGGAGGAAGAGUACACGGAUGCCUCGGAUGAGUCGGACACUGACGACAAGCCACCUGCCGACAGCCAGCCUCCCCCCCUAUUGGCUGGAGCGCGGCUGCUUCCUCAGGCUCCACCAAUGGGCACACAGCCGCCUGCCGCUCACAUGCAGGCUCCUCCAAUCACGGGCCCCCCUCCAUUAGGACCGCCUCCAGGUCCUCCAAUGAGGCCGCCCGGCCCACCCUCUGGCCCACCCCCUGGACCCCCUCCCGGAGCCCCACCGUUCCUGAGGCCCAUGGGAAUCCCAGCAGGCCUGCGGGGGCCCCUGCCCCGGCUACUCCCUCCCGGACCUCCCCCAGGACGCCCCCCUGGCCCUCCACCCGGCCCUCCCCCCGGCCUUCCUCCUGGUCCCCCGCCCAGGGGCCCCCCACCACGCCUGCCCCCUCCAGCACCACCAGGCAUGCCUCCCCCACCCCCACGUGCAGGCCCCCCGCGUCCCAUGGCCCCUCCCCUCUCCAUCUUCCCCCCGCCGCUGAACCCCAACGUGCUGAGCGCGCCCCCCAGCAUCGUCCCCCGCAAGCCGGCGGGCCCCUCCGAAGGCCUGCAGAACCCCCCCGGCGCCCCGCCCUCCCUCCCCCUGGCCCUGCGCCCGCCGCCCCCUCCGGGCACCGGGCCCGCCUCGGCCAACCCCCCCGCCCACCACCUGGCGCCCACCAUCGAGAAACGCGCCAACAUCACCUCCGUCGCCGGCGGCAACCCCGCCGCCGGCCCGGCCACGGGCGGGGCCACCAUCUCGGCCAAACCGCAGAUCAUCAACCCCAAAACCGAGGUCACGCGCUUCGUGCCCACCGCCCUGCGGGUGCGGCGUGAGCGCGGGGGAGGGGCCUCCGGGGCUGAUAGAGGGGGCCGGAGGGCCGGGGACGAGGGGCCGAAGCAGCAGCCCCCCGGGGCGUCCGUCUCCGUGGCUAACCCCGCGCACGUGGGCGUGACCGCCGCGCCGCAGCCCAGCAUGAAGACCAAGGACCAGAUGUACGAGGCCUUCAUGCGCGAGAUGGAGGGACUGUUGUGAGAGCCGCUCUGGAGAAACAGGAGCUAGGAGCCAAGAGUGGGAGGAACAGGAAGGAGGGGGGUUUGGGUUUUGGGUGGAGGGCAUUUUGUACAAGUUGAGUCUACUCACUUUCAGGAGUGUUUAGGGGAAGAAAGAUGUUCAGCUAAUGUGGUUUGCAAACCCCUGAAAUAACGGGGGGCUUUCACACACAAUAUGAAAAUGGUGAUGACAAGGUUGUGAGGAUAGACCCAGAAUGGGCUGUACUAUUUCCCCCUGCUGCAAAAAGCUUUUAUUACAGGCAUAGCUGUCAAGUCUGUUUAUUCCUGAAAAGUGCAAAUUUGUUUGUCCUUUUAUUUAAUUGCUGGAAUGAGAAAAAUGGGGAGGCGAGUUGAGUUUUUUUCUUUCUUUUUUUUAAGAGAAUAAAAUUGUAAAAAAGAAUCUGAGAACAAUGUUUGUUUGUGUAAAAACGUUUAGAUCCCACAAAUAAAUCAUUUCAAACCAGAUAAA